UACCGCAACGUGCUAAGCAAUUCCUACUGUUCAAGAAACAAUAUCUCCGCCUCAAACACUCCUCCAAUCGUCCCAAAUCGCCUCACUCCCAAAACAAUUCGAGCCAAAAGAAACCAGAUGACGGGUUCCGUAUACGACCUAUGUGAACACUUAUUUGAAACCAUCGGCCAGAGCCCUAAGCGAAAAAACACGGCCCAAGCGGAGGCCUGAAAGCCGUAAAUCACGCCGGUCGUCGUUCUCCACUUCGCCGGGAAUAUCGCAGUCGGCCGAAUCGCCCCUACAAUUUUUUAUUUCGCUUCGCGGACCGCAGUACCCUACCGCUCUGUGAGCCUGUGAGGCUGCGCUACGCCAUCCGCCCCUGCCUUCUCACUGACUCUCUGGUCCUCCGAUUUCAGAAGGCAUUGCAGCCACCAUAAAAGAUGGGAAAGAAAGGAUCAAACACAAUUAAACAUGAUCCAAAUGGGAGGAAACAGAACCAUGUUAAUGCCAAGUCGAUGUUGAAACUGGAGCAUAUUAAGAAUCUUGCGGUUUGGGCCAGUGGUGAGACAUCCAUACCUUCUUUAGGCUGCUUUUUUGGCAUGAGUUUAGCUGCUUCCUCCGAGGCCUUGGGAUUGCCUCCUGACCCGUCUUUUGUCCCUUGUCAAAGAUGCGAAUCUGUUCUUCAACCAGGCUACAAUUGUACUAUUCGAGUUGAGAAGAGCAACCCAAAGGCUCGUCACAGGAGCAAGAAAUCCAGAUGCAGCCCACAGAAUCAUGUGGUGUACACUUGCCAUUUUUGUUCACACCGGAACCUAAAGAGAGGAACCCCAAAAGGCCAUAUGAAAGAAAUAUGCCCACAAAAGCCCAAGCCGUUAACACAUAAAAAGUCAUCUGAAUCAAAGACUGUCACUUCAAGUGAUGGCAAUAAUGAGAUUAUGCUAGGCGGGUCUGUUGAAACAGCAGGUGAUCCUUCGACCCCUUCAUCGAUGAGAGUGGACAUCAGUUUAUUGGACUCGAAGAGAAAGAGAAGGAACUGGUCAGGGGGAUUAAAGAAGAAGCCUGUUGGAUCUGAAUGCGCUUCAACCACCAUGACCACUACUACUACAACUACGGAUGGUAGUCAUAAAACCACUAUUGACGCAGGUGGUAGCAAGAGAAAGAGAAAAUCUUGGACUAGUUUGAAGCAAAUUGCUGAAAGUAAUGAACAUGAUGGUCAUAGUAGGAAGUUUUCAAAUGUGGUAGUCCCUUUUUUUGUGUGAGUUAAAAUUAUUUGUUCGUUCUUGUUGUGAAACUUGUGAUUUGAAAGUUUUGUUGUUGCUGUUGUUAGUUAUUUGAUGCAUUGUUUCAUUUAAUUAGUUGUGGUUCUCACAAAUUCAGGUUAAAAUACUAAAAAAGAGAACAAGAAAGAAGGUGAUAUUUCACCGCUGCAGCCUGUAUAAUAUGAGUAGUGAAGUGGUAAUUCGAGAUUUCGACUGGUUCAAUAGGAUUGAGGUUGUGCCAAAUAGGUUCUUAUUAUGCCUAAAAUGUCAAUCAAGC